GUGUGGGUGUGUGUGUGUGUCAGGGAGAGAGAGAGUGCAUCCAGCUCUCAGUCAUUCAUCCCUCGGGGAGAGGAGAGGAAACUACAACAGGACGAGAGGAGAAAAGAAAAAAGAGGAAGAUCUUUUACAAAGUUCUGUGUUAAAUCUGCGACUGAGGAACUUUGACCUCCGGCUGCAGAUCUCCUCUUCAUCCUCCUGUCUUUGUCACAUCCUGCUGUAAGUGGUUCACAUCCCUCGCCUCUUCUGCUGGGUGAAGAUAAUUCCACGUCCCUCCCCUGCAGCCGAGGACAUUUUUCAGAAGAUAUUCUCCAAACGCCAGAAGGAUCUAAAUCAGAGGCAUCAGUUUUCAGCCUGAAUGGUUCCACAGCUCGGACAGAGAGCGUGGAGCCUUUUCGAUGCAGCGUCUUUAAAGAGGACUGUCCAGUUUUUCUUUUCUUUUUUCUUUUGACCUCAGGAGGACGCACUGGGACCGGAGCGCUCCUGGAAGAUCUCCGGGAAGAGGAGGAGGAAGAAGAGGAGGAGGAGGAGGAGGGUGCAUCGAGCUGAGAGGGAGCAUCCUCCCAGCCUGAUCCGUCCUUACACUCACACACCCUCAGCAGCACAUUACUCCUGUAAUCCUAUUAAAUAUCGAGUAUUUCAGCAGAACAAACUGCAUUAUCACAAAGUAAGAUCUAAAAGCAAGAUUGUGAAACUCACAGAAGUUCAACAAGGACAGACACAUUCAUCACAGACGUGUUAUAAGUUGUUAAACGGACAUUAAAGGUAUUUUAUAGGAAUAUUCUACGCACACAGACACACAAACACACACCAAGGACAUCCCGAUAAGCCGCCGCAGCAUGGAUCUCCCACCAGUCAGAGGUUUAUCUGAUGUGCCGUGAGUGUUGGGAGCACCGUGCCCCAGCCCCGGCCUGCAGCCCUGGUGCCACCCGGCCCGGCUCAGGCUCACCAAGAGGGACCCUGCUCAUUCCUUCAGGAUGGAGCUGGAUGGGCUGGACCUCCAGCAGGUCCCAGUGCUGUCCCUCGACCAGAUUCGUGCCAUCCGGGCCAACAAUGACUAUGUGGAGAGGCCUGUGGCGCUCGAACCGGCUACCCAGACCGGAUUUUUUUAUGCCCAUGAAGACCGUUACCCUCAUGGAGUAUACACGCAUCACCCCCAGCACUCCUUCCACUCUGCCCUCCCCCGCAGCCAAAGUCAGCAGCAGCACGCUCACCUGUCCCACCUGAGCCGUUCCAGUACCAUAAGCUCUUCCAUUUCUCGGACCAGUGCCACGUCAGACCAGCGGCUACUGGCAGGUUUGACGCCGUCUCACUCUGGGUUAGGCUCAGUGGUCCGCUCUCAACCCAAAGGAGAACUCAAACCCGAUACUUCCUUUGGUAAAGGCCUAACGGAGGACGAGGCCGAGCUCGGCCUUCAUCAGUUCAUCUGCGAGCGCUGUGGUCGCUGCAAGUGCCAAGAGUGCUGCGCCCCCCGCCGCCUGCCUUCCUGCUGGGCCUGUGGACAGCGCUGCCUGUGCUCUGCUGAGAGCGCUGUGGAGUAUGUCACCUGCUUGUGUUGCGUUAAAGGUUUGUUCUACCACUGCUCCGCCCAGGAUGAUGAGGAUAACUGCGCUGACCGGCCCUGCUCUUGUACGGCAGCCCAUGCCUGUGCCCGCUGGGGCACAAUGGGGCUGCUGACGCUCUGCCUUCCCUGCCUCUGCUGCUAUUACCCCGCCAGGCUGUGCCUUGCCCUGUGCCAGCGUGCCCACGACCGGGCCACGCGCCCCGGCUGCAGGUGCAGCAACACCAACACUGUGUGCCGCAAGAUUUCUGCCUCUAACCCCAACUCUGGUCACCCCUCGCUCCGCAGCAAAGCACUGGAGAAGCCAUUAUGACAGGCUUGGAUGGGGACCAGGUAAAUCCGCUUCUCCUCAGCCGUGGCCAAAGCAACGCUGUCGCCAAUCAACAGUGCCACAGCUGACAUUGUGACGACAAUGCCAUUGUGACCUACCUACCUAGAUAUGACAAGCCAACUAACCAAUCAACCGUGAAGUGUUGUUCACCUAAUGUACCUUGAAUUUACUUAUUCUCCACCUCAGGAGGGACCAAAGCUUUACUGUGCCUGUUCAUAUUGGAGACUUCAAGCCGAAAAAAACUAGAACUCGCCCUGGAGGAGGAAGCUGUCGUGCUUUGCUGCACCGCCCGUCAACCUGAACCGGGGCUUCCAGACAGAAUCCACCUCUCUCUGCAUUCUGCGGGGCGUAACGUCUUCAAAUCUAUUUAUUUAAUGUUGCACCUCUGUCCUGCUCACCCUUUGCAAAGACAACGCAGAGAGACAAGUGAGGCAACAAGUCAGGAUGGAGAGAUGCCGGGGGUGGUGUGCACGGUCUAUGCCGACAGUUUCUGUCCUCUUGAAUCGGAACAAGCGUCAGAGACGGAGACAUUCCAACGACUCCACGAAGGCUGAAGUCCAAUGAAUGAAGACACCGACGUGGUGCUGCAGAGAAAGUCUGACUGGGACUGUGAGCAAAGCACCGAGGUAUGAAGUGGGAACAAAGACACUUGCAACAACAGUCUGACACCAAAAAGGGACCAUGCACUGUACGGACUGUGUGAACGUCAAUGCUAUUAAGCUCAUUUGUAAAGGAAACGCACUGUGAGGUAGAUGGACAUGUUUUCCUCAAAAGCCAAGGAGCUGAAUGGGGAUUAUUUAACUGAAGGGAGGGUGCAUCCAUUGUGACGAGGCAGCGUGAGUGUGUGUGUGUGUCUAUGUGUGUGUCCUCCUCCUGUACAACAAGCUGUGUAUUGUAGAGCCUGUGUGUAUGUUGUGUUGUCAGCAGAAGAAGCCUCCCUUGUUGUAUUUUUAGCAGUGUCGCUUCAGUGGAGCUCUCUGGGUCUGGUUGGGUUUCCUCCUGAAGUCAGUCUGUCGCCAGCCUCCCUCCUCUGACCGACCUCCUGCGCAGCCCCCCCCCCUCCCCCAUCUCCAUCCCUCUCUCCUCCUCUUCCUCCAGCCCACCUAAUCUUCUCCCCUGUUAUCCUCCCAUUGUCAAAUCCAACUCCCCAUCUCACUCUCGUUCAGGUCCAUUAGCAUCUUCGUCUGGACUCAAGGUCGAAAAACACCGGUUUCUGUUUCUCGAUUCACGUUAACACCGACUGAACCGUCAUGGAGGCACAGUGCACCGAUGUUUUCAGGGUCAGUAACUCAAAAUUAGAUUUGACUUAAACACAUUUAACAGAGAAGGUAACCUGAUGUUUUGGAGAACUGAGAUUCCGAGUUAAGCCGACCGACUCGAGGCGUGUUAUUCCCACACAGCCACUAUUUCCCCUCCUGCUCCGUCCGUCUCUCCUCUUACGCUCAGAGGGCUAAAAGCCUCCAGCUCCUGGUCCACCGAGAGUUGAUCAAACAGGCAAUUAGCUCCAUGAUAGCUCUUAAUGGGCCGCAGAAGAAUGGAGCAUGUGGGAGGGAGGGAAGACAGGAAGGAGCGGGGCGGUGGUGUUUGGCAGAUGGGGAGAGAGAGGGAUGCUGGGAGGAGGAGGAGAGACGAGAAGUCGGAUGAAAGGAGCGAGACGGAGUCGACGCCGCUGGGAAGUCCGAUGGAGAACGAGUGUGUUUGACACAAUGAGGAAUGUGUGUGUGUGACGACCGUCGUGGCAUUUACGCAACUUCGUCAGAACUUCAGGUGAACGGCAAAGUGCAACAUUAGCACUUUGCCAGGAAGGAAGGCUUCAGAGCUGUUAUAACACACACACACACACACACACACACACACACACACACACACACACACACACAGACACACGGACACACACACAGCGUCAGGCGGGUGCAUGUGUGUGUAUGUAUGUGUGUGUGGAUUUGGAUGCAUGUGGGCUUUUCUGUGUGUGUGCACGUGUGACAGGAUGAGUCACGCAAGCACAGACACGGACACACACUGACCUGAUUUGUUCAAAGUUACUUUGCUAUAUUUUUAUAUGUAAAUAUUGGCUAUUAACUGUAUAACUAUUUUUAUUCUGCUUUCCUUUGUUCCCAUGAGAUUGAUAUUAUUACGGCUGUUUUCCAUUAGCGUGAAUAUUAUAUUUACCGUUGACUCGCGAUCAAUUCAGGAACUUUUGGGGCAACUCAGAAAACUUUGAACAAGGACUUAGGAGAAAAGCCAUGACCACGCCCCUUAUUGUACAGACACUCAGUGUCAUCACUUGGUUUAAACACGUUUCAGACCAAAUAUAUGUUUUUAUCAUCAGGUACCAAAACCUCUGAAGCUGCUCAGACAUCAAUCAAGUGAAUUCUGGAUCUUUCAUCUGGUUUAAAAAAACAAAAUCUGGAUUUGUCCAACAAUUCUCAGGUGUGUAACACAAGUGCAGCUGAGGUCAUUACACACAGAGGGAAGUUGGAUUUCCACGUCUGCUGCAUCGGACGGUUUGAUACGAGUUGAAACAAAGGGCUUGUUAUGCCCUGAAAACAAAGUUCAGGUCAGAUCGUUUAAAAGCAUCUGAAGAGGCUGCAUCACACAAGUUGUGUAGCUGUGAAUGUCGACAAAGACAGAAUCCAAAAUGUCCCCAGUUGCGUGAUUCUUGGGACAUUUCUCUCCAUUUCUCCCCACGGUACAAAAGUGAAGCCAUCUUGUGCUUUUCGACGUCAUUUGGAUUCAGAGUCUGUGCAGCAGUGAUCGUUUCAAGGUCAGGCUCAGCUGUCAAUCAGAAUGUCACGACCAAUCAAAACUCAUCAUGGAAAUGAAAAUUACACUUUAACAAACGUCAGUGGAGAAGAACCUGAAAUGACUUUCAAGUUGGUCCAUGUCCCAGAUUCCAAUAUGGAGGGGGAGGGUUUCAGACCUAUUCAGAGAGAGGGGCGUGUUUUAAAAGUACAAUCAUUUGACGAAGAUUAUAAAUGAUGCAUUAGUCAAACUUCUCCAGAUGAUCAAAAGUUUGUGAUUCAUUAUGUCAAAGCGGAAACAGUUUUAUUAUUUUAAAUCAAGCAUUGUAACGUUUUAUUUGAUUUCUUUGUGCUGCUGCUCUUUGGUUUCACGAUGUGUAAAUGUUGCCCCAAAUGUUUCUGUGCUCAACUCUGUUUUCAUUUUGUUUUACUAGCGUUGCAACUUUAAUCCACUUUGAGUCUUACCUGUGACUUUAUAGUUAUCGUUACUAAUAAGAAGUAUUGGCAAUCCAAAAUCCGUGUCUAUGUAAUUGAGGAUUAUUCAUCCGGCCCGUCCACAGUGAUGCAGACAAGUGUGAAAACUUUCUCUCAGCUUUUCAUCCGCACGUCAAAACCACAACAAAAUGUUUUUUUUAUACACAUGGAGAAACUGAGCUUUUUAAAGAAGAUGCUAACGUUGCCCGUCAAGGUCAUGUACGAUAACUCGCAGGCACAUUCUAUACUGCAUGCACGCUCUGUGAAUGACAACGCUUCAAAAACAGCAGGAAACCAAUGGCGGCCGUGAGCAGAACAACAGAUCAUCAUCUGCAUAUAACUUUAAUAUGGUUUAAUUAUUGUGGUGUUUAUAAGACAACGACGUGGAGAAGAAAGUUUUUUAUACUUAACAUCAUGACUGUGGGCGUGGCCUUUGAUUGGCUCCUCCCAGACGUCUCCUCUUCGUUGAUUGGAUGGGUUCAGUCGGAUCUUGGUGCUCGGGGGGGCAACAUGAGGAACAUUACGAACCCGGGGCGAAGACGUUGAAUAUUUUUUAAACCGGUUCAUCUGUUUUCAGAGCGACUUUAAAUAAACGUUGAAAGUCGCAGCUUGAUCGUAAACACGUCAGUAUGGAAUGUUUUCUACGUGCUGCAGAUACGCAGAGGGACUCGUGCAGUGCAUUGUGGGGCACAUGUCAAACAAACUUCCAAAAUCAACUCCCGUGUUUCAAUCAUCUUCUAAAGAGUUUUUUCAGUUUUACGUUUAACCAAAUUGUUUAAAUAUCUUAUAGUCUCAUAAUUUGUUUUAUUUAAUAUUAACGAAUGAAGCACAAGCAAAUGUGUUUUUGCUGAAAUGCGAGUUACACUGCAAACAAAACAUCAACAUUCUUUUAAGAAACAAACUCAUCUUAACAAGAUUUAAGGGGGAAAUGAUGACUUGUUAUUACAAAAUGUGUAAUUUAAGGGUUGUUUUGAGGACUUUUGUCAAAAUUCAAGAUAUUACCCGUGGCAGUGAUAGAGGGGGGUGCAACUUCCACACCUCACCUCCGCUGACCGAGAUAUCCGAGUAUCUGUACGUACACAUGAAUCACUCCGAUAUGUAACUUCUCUAAAUUCCCCAGAUGUUCCCAGCGUUGCUCAGGAACCCGUCCGGUGCUGUAACACUUCACAUCUCCUCUCGUGUCUUAGCGUCGCUUUUGGUACAAAUUGGCAUCGUGUCUGUCGUCAGAGAAUUUAAGGGAGAGUAUAUGGAACAAAUAUAUAUAGAAAAAAAAUAACUAUCUAAAAUGAAUAUAUUAUAUAUGGAACAAUAUGCAUUUCACACUUUCUGUUUCAUCGCUGAUAUUUGCUUCGUUGAUAUUUAUUUGAACGGUAACAACAAUGGCGGGGAACACGAAUCAUGGAGGAGGAGGACGUGGACGAGUGGAGUAUUUAUUUUACAGUGGUCGGAGGAAAUGAAGAGUGCCGACCUCGUUGUUGUUGUUGUUGUUUGUCUUUUGGUUUUGUUUCUUCCUCUCAGUGUGGAGCGGCUGCUGCUGCCCUCCUGGCUAAAGACCAACCAAUAAAAAGGAAUUUCCAAACGGAGCAAA